AAUAAUUUAGAACGAAUUUUUAAUUUAAAUUUCAUAACUUGGUACUUCUAUUUCCUUAUCAUACCCAAGGCUUUUGUGUUCGGUUACUUUCCUUACUCUGCUUGCAUAAGUUGAGGUUGACAGGAAGUAAACGUUCUGGAGAGUGUUGUCGUGAAUGUGCGCUAUCGAGUACGAAAAUGAAACAUUUGUUAUUUAUUAAAUUUUUAAUAGCGUUAGUAGCUACAGUAUUAGCUGUGCAAGAAAGUGAUUCCUAUACCACACCUGAAAUUCGUACAUCGGGUAUUUCACAGAAUGACAUUACUACAGUAUCUUCAACAGUAGCACCUACCACAUCUUCAGCUCCAACAACUCAACCUGAUACUACAACUCCAGAACAUCCUGUAACAAGCACUACACCAGUGACUACAGUAGCUCCAAAGCCCCCUGUUCCAGAAGAUGGAGUUUGGUUAAUAACCGAUGGCAAUACAACUUGUAUCAGAGCUAUUUUAAAAAUAAGGUUCAAAAUUCCUUUAAUGUUUGGGCAAGAUGAAUAUAUCCUAUUAUCUCCAAAUGCUUCUUCUGAUAGAAGUAGGUGUGAUUUAUCAAAUACCACCCAGGAAUUAGUUUUGACUGAUGCUAAUUACAUAUUCAGAAUGGUUUUCAAGGAAGAUUCUGUUAAAAAUGCUUUUGUACAAAAUAUUACUCUAUCCUAUACGUUACCUGAGCAAUCUGAUACUGUUUAUAAUGAUUCGAAGUUGUUUGCUGUAAAAGUUGGAAAUUCUUACCGGUGCCGAAGCAUGGAGGAUGUUAGUCUUGCUAAUAAUGUAACUAUGCAGAUUUUCAAUAUUCAUCUUCAGGCUUUUGGAGAGCAAGGAAAUGCUGAUUUUGGUCCUGCUGAGCAGUGUGAAGCUGAUGAUGAAGUGAGUGAUGUGAUCCCCAUUGCUGUUGCUUGUGCCUUGUGUGCUCUUAUUGUUAUAGUAUUAAUUGCCUAUCUAGUUGCACGUCAGCGAAGCCGCCAAAGGGGUUACCAAUCUGUAUAGAAAUUUUGCUAGAUAGUCCUUUCUUCAGCUGAUUUAAUAUCCUGAAUUUUCUUUUGAAAGUUCUUGCAUUGUAGCAAGAUUAUCUUCUUUUGGAAGAAAGAGCAUAGUGCCACAACUGUAUAUGUUCUUUAACCUUGGAAAGGCAUCCUGCAUAGCCAUAUUUUUUGAAAAGUAUGAAAAUAUAUAAUUUAUCACAUAAGAAAUGAGGAAUUCUGUAGGGACCAGAUAUUACUUUAAGGUACUAGAGUUUUAAUGCAUCCACUUAAAUUUUAAUAAUUCUUAAAAGGUCACAUUAUUAUGUUUUAAAUGUUAUAAAUGUUAUUAGAUUUACUUUUUACUGUUUUGUUGUUUGUAGUUUUGUCUUCUAAUAUACAGUCCAUUAUACAACUGCAUUUCUGUAUUACAUUAGUAUUUGUAAAAUAUUCUUAGAAAAUCUUGUAAAUAUCUGCAAUAAUGUCUUUAUAAAUAUCAUUUUAGUGCAUAGGACUUGUCCAAGUGUUCAUUUUUGUUAAUGUUCCCCUGAAAUGAUUGUUUUAAUAAAGUCCUUUACCUGAAA